GGGUACCUGCUUGCCAUCAACUUGGACUAACGUGAUCGGUGCAAAACGUGCUCAAUCGCUUUUGAAUCAAUAUCUAGCAAAUCUACUCACCAACAACUGAACGUUUCCAUCCUUUUGUUGUUUACGUCCCUCUUUGGACGCCAAAGAAAGAACUAUGGACUACCAUUCCAACGGGAAUGGAAUCAAUGGGAUGAAUGGUUCAAGUCGUCAUUCGGCGGAUGGACCGUCCACUCCAACUCACUCUGGAAAUGGUCAUAGUAACGGAGAAGGAAAUAGGUACGCUUUGAGUGCUCAUCGUAACGUUGUUAAGCCGUUAGGUUCAAACUUUGGAGCCAGUGGCUCUGCAACAACUUCCACCCCAAAAUCAGUUAUCUCCUCGCUAACCUCUGCAUGUAACAACUCGCCUGUCUUAUCAUUCACUCGUGGUGUGCUUCGUGCUAGUCGUAAAAAGAUUCGCCCAUUGUUUUCUACAUUUUCCACCUCGUCAAAUACUGGAUACUACCGUUUCGAAAGCCCUUCGUCAAGUUUGAACGCCUACUAUCCUCAAGAAUCGUUCAAUGGACCAAUCCUCAAAAUGAUCACAUGCACAGAGUCACCACCGAGAAGUCUGGAUGUUUUGAAACGCUCGAAAAGCACUUAUUGGGAGACAGCUCCUGCUGAAAUGGUUGAAUUGGCAGAUAAGUACAACUUCACUAUCAACGAAGGUAGCAGCAUCCAGCAAGAAGCUCUUGAACUUCGAUCUGUGAUUCGGAAGGAUUUGACCAAAAAACUGAAGAUCAAGAGUGGAUAUAGUCGUAUCAAGCUGAUCACUUCGGAUCGUCGUCAAAGCGAAUUUCUUCGUUAUGAAUUGUCUGAUUUAAACGAGCAAAUUGCGGAUCUUCAGGAAGAUCUUCAGGCGUUGGAGAUGUACAACAGUGGAGCUUUUGAUGAGGAUGUGAUGUAUUUGGAUAACCUUGAGGAUUGUGAUGUGGAGAAUGGACCACCAAGUAAGCUUGUUAUUCUCCAGCUUGAAUUGGAAAAAGAGUUGAAAGUGAAACGAGGACUUGAGCAAUUUUUGCGUGGAGCUCCAGACAAGUCAAAAGUGCAUGGUGACUCACAGAGUCUUCUUGACGAUAGUCGCGCCAAGAUUGCAAUGCUCCGUAUGCAAAUUGAACGUCUUUCACAAGAAGCACCAGCGGUUGAAGGAGAGCCAAAAACUAAAGUUGAGCUUGCCAUCGAUGAUCUCAUCAUUCGUUUUCACAAGGAGAAGCUCAUCAUGGAUGGUUCCCGAAACAUGAUCCGUAUUCUCCGCUCAAAAAGGAAGCCAGAUAGCAAAGCUGUCGAUGAGGCCAUGAACAGCUAUGUUAUUGCUUCGGAGAAAGCCGAUCUCAUCAAGUUGGCCUUGCUGAAGUAUGCAUCCAGUCUUCCACUUGAACACGAUCACAGAAAAUAUCUUAUUGGAGAGAUUAACAGUGGACUCAUCCCAAAACCACCUUCUCUCAGCCAGGAUCGUAACAGUCCAUCCAGCGAAGAUGGUGGAAACGGAACUUCUACAUCUCGCCGUUGCAGUUUCAUGCCAUAUUCUCUGCAAAUCAGUGGAUGUCUUGAAGUCACUAUCAACGGCUGCGCUGGUAUUCUCAGCGAGGUCUUCGAGCGGAAAAUCCGCAAAGAUGUUCCCGGAGUUCCUGGUUUCAUUUCAGUCUACGGAAUGGAUGCGUCUGGAAAGAAGAAGAAAUCUGCAAGAGGUCCAAACAGUUCAGAGGAAGUCUUCUGUGUUCUUCGUAUUGACAAUCGUUUCAUUGGAGCUACAGAGUUGAGAAAGAUUGUUGAUCGUAAUUGGGAUCAGAAGUUUGAUGUUGAUUUGGAUCGUUCUCGCGAACUUCAAAUUGAACUCUUCUACCACGAUGACCGUUCCAUGUGUGGAUUUGCUGCAGUUAAGCUGUCUAAUCUUAUUGAGACGUCGUCCAAGGUUGGAAUUAUUGUACCUGUUGAGCCACAAGGAAACAUUUUUGUUCAAUUCAAAUACAUGAACCCAGUGGUGAGCCGCAAGCCAAAACUCGAACGUCAGAGACGUUUGUUCCGCGUGAAAGAAUCGAAUGAUGGAGCCCGUCAGAAACUUGGCGUCUUCGCGUUCUCGCGUCUCAUCAAGAACAGAGGAAAUGAGCCAAGCGAGAAGUUUGCUGCUUUCACUGGAUUUACUCCAAUGCCUUCAUCUUCAUCUCAACAUCAACCCGGCACAUCAUCUUCUGGCCCAUCAACAUCCUCGUCAAUUGCUUCUACUCCUACACCAUCCACGUCGAACUCGCUCUUCGACAAGGUCAGUAACCACUUGCCUAGCUUCAACCCAAGAAAGUCAGCCAAGAAGCGUGAGGCCAGAGAAGCAGCUGCAGUGGCGCCAAUGACUGCUGCCGUUGCAGCAGUCAAUCUCAACGCUCCUUCAACCUCCAAUUCUAUGCAGCCAUCAACUCAAGAACGUAACCUGGUUGUUGAUGAGUUCCCAACCGACCGUUCUGGUCCAAGUCAAGCACCGCCUGUGCCAGCCGUUCGCCACAUUGAUUUCUUCGCCAGCAGCGAUGGUGCGCCGCUGACUGUUGAACAAUUCAGAUUGAUCAGUGUUCUUGGACGUGGACACUUCGGAAAGGUCAUCUUGUCACAACACAAUCCAACUUCCAACUACUACGCCCUCAAGGUACUGAAGAAGGGAGACAUUCUUGGAAGAGACGAGGUUGAGUCUCUGAUGGUUGAGAAGCGUAUCUUUGAAGUAUCAUCCCGAGCACGUCAUCCAUUCCUUGUGAAUCUCAACGGCUGCUUCCAAACCAACGAGCACGUGUUCUUCUGCAUGGAAUACAGUAUGGGUGGUGACUUAAUGCGUCACAUUCACGAUGACGUGUUUGAUGAAGUUCGUGGAUGUUUCUAUGCUGCAUGUGUCGUUCUUGGACUGGACUUUUUGCACAAGCACAACAUCAUCUACCGUGACAUCAAGUUGGACAAUCUCCUCUUGGACAGAGAAGGAUAUGUCAAAAUUGCCGAUUUUGGUCUAUGUAAAGAGAACAUGGGACCAUUUGACAAGACUAGCACUUUUUGUGGAACUCCAGAGUUUCUUGCUCCUGAAGUCUUGUCUGAUUCUUCAUACACUCGUGCGAUUGACUGGUGGGGACUCGGAGUUCUUAUUUUCGAAAUGCUUGUAGGAGAGCCACCAUUCAGUGGAGAUGACGAAGAAGAGAUAUUUGACUCGAUUAUCUCCGAAGACGUUCGCUAUCCAAGAUAUUUGUCUGUUGAGUCGAUUGCCAUUAUGAGAAGACUCCUUCGCAAGGUGCCUGAAAAACGUCUUGGAUACGGAGAGCGAGACGCUGAAGAUAUCAAGAUUCAACGAUUCUUCCGUCACAUCUCAUGGGAAUGGGACAAAUUGCUGAAUCGUGAGAUUCGUCCACCAUUCCAACCACAAAUUCGCAACCCAGAAGACGUGUCUAACUUUGACCUGGAAUUCACCCAAGAGAAAGCUCGUUUUUCUGCUGCUUCGAGCACUCGUCCAAUCACUGAAGCCGAUCAGCGUUUGUUCAACAAUUUCGACUUCUCCAUUGUUCCAUAAGUAUCAUAAUUUGUCACCGGUUUUCUAUUGAUCAACUUGUACCAUGGGAUUUAUUUCAUUUCUUGUUUCUACUUGUCAAGGUCUUGUUUUUUAAACUGUCAACUAGUAUUGUCAAAAAUUUUGAUUUCGCUUUCUAUUUUAGUUUUUUCUCCGUAUUUUUCAAUUUCGUAUUCUCGUUUAACGAUUUCUCCUGUCUGAUAGUUGUAAUUUCUUGUGAACUGCUCUGUGAUCAGACUCCAACUCAAUCUUCCCAAAAUGUGUUUCUUUUUACUAUUUGCUAGAAUAUUUCAAAAAAUAUUCUUUCAUCUGCAUUGGUUUUUUUAAUUCAACGUCAUCGUGUUUUGUCAUUAAGUAGUUUACCCCGUCUCUAUUUCCGCUUUGUAAUCCUCAAAAAUUAACACAUUCUGUUAAAUUUCCACCAAAUUAUUGUAUUGUAACUUUUUGUAGACCGCUUGACGAGUGCGCUUAUUCUUUUUUUUGUCUUUUUAGUCCAACAGACUUCCCAUUUUACAUCCAUUUAGCCCCUCUUUUCAGCCAUUGGUAUAUACUGGCCACUUUUUAUUUGUGUUUUGUAAGAAAAAAAGAAAAAAGAAAAUGACUUUCUUUCUUGUAUUUAGGAGACAUGAAUAAACAAUUUGUCAAAUACA